GCUAUUAAUGCAUUCACUAACUUGCACUAACAUCUUCCCCAGAUUUCUCUGUGCUUUCUCGUCUCCCAGGUGGAGGUGGUUAUGUCGGAAUGACCGUUUCCUGUCCUGGAACUAUCAUUUUCAAUGUUGAUUUUAAUUUUUCUUAAUCCCCUCUCCCCCCUCUCUCUCUCUCCACAUUUGCUGUGAGGCCACAAUGCCAACCACUGAACCACCAAGAUGCACCGAGAAGACCUCUCCCUCUCUCUCUCUCUACAUUUGCUGUGAGGCCACAAUGCCAACCACUGAACCACCAAGCCACACCAAAAAGGAUCAGGAGGAGGACCUGUCUCCUGACAUCAAGGAUUGGAGUAAACACCAAAUGAGACGAUGUGCUCUCAAGUUGAAGAGUGUGGAUGAUGAUGCUGCACAAAUACUGUUUCAGCAGGACAUUAAUGGACCUAGUCUUUUGCUUUUAGAUGCAGGGGACCUAAUUGCAAUGGGUGUGACUUUUGGACCAGCAAAAUGUAUCAUUCAUGCCAGAGAUGAGGUAGUGAAGUUAAAGAAAGAGGAACCAGCAAGUUUUAGGAACCAAUCUAGGAGACUCUGCAAGCCCUAUCCAUUUGGCACGUACAGUGAUACCUAUAGAUACAUAGAGGGCUACACUCUUGAUGUUACAGAAUCAGGUGCCUCAGACUUGAUUGAACCCUGCCAUGAAUAUAAAGCUUUCAUCAAUACAACAGAGGAUACUAAACUAAUUAAGUUUACUAAUGAAGUUAUUCGCUUCUCAGCUGCCUGCAUGAAUAGCCGCACCAAUGGCACCAUACAUUUUGGUAUUGGGGACCAGCCAGAUUUCAUCCACGGUCAAGUGCUAGGAGUUGUUGUUCAGAACAUAGAGGUUUAUGAUAAUAAGCUAAGAUCUGCCAUUGAUGACUGUUUUGAGUUUAAACACAAACAGGCUGCUCAAACAUGCAUCAAACCUCCUCGAUUUGUUGGUGUCCUCAAUACGAAUAUGACAUCCUCUGACAAAUGUGUGAUAGAAGUGGACAUAGUUCCUCAUUAUGUGAUCUGUGGAGAAAACAUCUAUCACACUUCCAACAUAAAAGCCAAGAAAAAAACAAACAGUGAAUGUGCAGGCAUAACUGAAACAAAACCCUCAAAGCAAUUCUUUAUCCGAGAUGGUGGUAGCAGCAGGAAUCUCCUCGCACCAACCACAUUUGCCAAACCCAUGGAGGAGUACAAGCGGUUUGUUGACGGUGUGGCAAAACUAUCGCAACUCCGAAAACAAGCUGAAGAGAAGCACCUCAGUGUGAUCAAAAGCAGCAAUCAAGGCUCCAGACUAAGUCAGAUGAUAACUGGUGGAUCCCUCUCAUUAGACAAGUCACAUUUUGAGUAUUAUGUAAUAGUGACUAACAAGUCACAUUCAAUCCAGUUGGAAUCACUGAGAUUUCUUGUAGAACUCGACCCAACAGCUGUUUUGGACUUUGAUCCAGAAUCAGCUGAAUGUGGAUUGCAGAGGUACUUUGAACAGAAGAGUACAGUGAAUAUUCAUUUACCGUCAGAGUAUAAAAUCACAGAAGGCAUUGAGGACAUUGUAGACAAGUUGAAAUUAACUCGAAACACCAGCUGGGUGUUGUGCAACGGUGGUAUCAAGGAUGAGGUACCCUCAGAUAUAGACCAGUGGCUGAUGGAAAAGGGAGCCUCCAUCAGAGAUGUGAUUUCAUUCUUGUGCCGGAAAGAUGUGCUUCCAAACAAGAGAUUCCUUGUCAUUUUCUUACUUUUGUCACCUGUGAGUGAACACAUGGAUCCUCUUGUUGAGACUUUCAGCACAUUCUUGCAGGAGCUCAAAGGCACAGAGCAAAUCCUUUUUAUUUGUAACAAUGAAAACACAUUUACAUCCUGGAAAGACCUAAUUAAGGCUCGUUGUGGAAAUGACAUCUCUGAUAGAUGCAUACAUGAGCUCAGCUUAACUGAAGUCAAUGGCACUAUCCUCAGUCUUUGGUCUGAAAACCGUAAAUCAAGCCGUUUCCUAACCUGUGGUGGAGGAAGUAAAGUGCUUCUUAUAAAUGAAGUGGAGUGUAGCCUGAAUACCUUAGAGAUUUUGUGUACGAACCAAUGUGAAGGAGGAAAUGAGGACAAAAUUCCCAUUGAGGAGAACUUCUACAAAGGAGGAAAAGUGUCUUGGUGGAAUUUCUAUUUCUCAGAGCAGCCUGGAUCCACACCGUUCAUUAAACGAGAUAAGUUUGACUUCAUAAAGAACACAGUGAUACCAGAUUUGUGCUCCCUGAGAAAAGCCUGUGUGUUGUUCAACCUCAUGCAUGUUCCUGGAUGUGGUGGAACAACUUUGGCCAUGCAUACAUUAUGGGCUCUCCGGGACAGAUUCCGUUGUGCCAUCCUUAAAAACAGUAAAGCAGACUUCGCUGGAGUUGCUGAUCAAGUGGUAAAACUUUUAAUUUAUGACCAUGAAGAGGAAUUACCACGGGUCCCAGUUUUAUUGAUGAUAGAUGACUUUAAUGAUAUGAAAAAAGUGGAAUUGUUGCAGCUACUCAUUGAAGAAGAAUGCAAGAAGAAAGUCAUCCAGUGCAAGUCUGCUCAGGUAAUUCUCCUUAACUGUAUGAGAGCAGAGUCCUCCGAAGUGACUGAAUCAACUGACACUGUGUUCAUUGGAAAUUAUCUCUACGAUUUAGAGCAGAAAAUGUUUGAGCAAAAACUUGUAGAAAUAGAGAAAACACACAAGAAUGCUGACACGUUCUAUGGUUUCAUGAUCAUGAAGAAGAACCUUAAGCCAGAGUAUAUUCAGGGCGUGGUCCACAAUACACUGAAGAGCUUCAACAAGAAUCAGAAACAUGCACAACUCCUGGCUGUUUUAGCUUUAUUGAAUGUAUAUGGUAAUGGUGCCUUUCUCUCCAGCUCUGUGUGUCACAAUUUUUUUGGUCUGCAACCCACACUGGUUUGUGGAACUGACAGUGUUGAAGAAAGAUUUGAGAAAUUUUCCACUUUAGUUGCCAGCAGAGCAGUUAAGGGAACGGUACACAAGGCUGUGGAAAUUAUCCAUCCAAGUUUUGCACGGCACUGUUUGCAGGAAAUUACAACAACUCCCAAAAUGGCAAUACCUGAAAUAAUCAACCUACUCUUGACCACAGAUGAGCUUCAUGAGGACACUGAAGGCAAAGACAAACUCAUGCAAGAUGUUCUUAGCAAUUUGAGUUUGAAGUCUGUCCUACCAUGGGGACAACAGAAUAAAAUUGAGUUUUCUACAAUACUUCAACAUAUUGAAAGAGAUAGUAGAAGUGCUAUUGAAUGCAACAAAAAGAUUUGAGAACAAUAACAGCAUUGCUCCUUUACAAUCUAAAUACCAUCACUUUAAGGAUCGACAAAAAAAAAAUUAAUAAUGAUAAAAAUGAUAAAAAUGAUAAUAAUAAUAAUAGUAACGAUGAUGACUAUGACAUAGUUUAUUGAACUUGCCCAGUUGAGUUAGCCGGCGGGUGCUGGAGAGACCAGCACCACUUUUUUAUUUUUGUGUGAUAGCCCUGGGGUGGCCCAUGGCGUGCCCGGGUGCGUCAUUGAAGAUAGAUAGGCAAAGUUAGGAAAUUAUCCUGAAGGUAGUUACUGUAGGGAACUGGGUUAGUUCUAGAGCAGGACGUUAUACAUGUGGAAAUCCUUUCUUGUCUUAAAGCAAUGCAAAGUGGCUGCUGUAUGUUCAUGCUUGUCCCAAAUAUGAAUUAUAUUAUGUAGUUUAUGUUUCUGUUGCAUAUGUAUGUUAUACAGUUUCUUUCCUUGAUGAAGUGUAAUGUAAUAUUUGGAAAAAAGUGAGAUGCACAUAAGUCUGUUGUAUGUUUAACAGAGGCUCUAUGUUGUAGUUAAGAGGAUGAUUUUCACUGCCAUGGCUCUGUGAUUACAUAAAAUAAAGUGUUUUGCAUAAA